AUGGAAGAUGCGGGAAAGAAAAUCCGGGAGACGAAAGGCAUCUCCAGGAAUCUGUUCAAUCUGGAUGUUGGCGACCAACUCCUACACGGACGAGUACUGGUUGCUUCAGCUCGAAUCUAUCAUCUGGCUUUAGACUUCGUCAAAGCCAUUCGAGAAUGGAAAAUUGCGUUGGAACAUGCCCAAAAGUGGCGACGGGUUACUCUGACGGAAUAG